AUGCCGUACCCAACGACUGCGCCAGCCCAGCGCGUGCCGGCCUGGAAACGGUUGGGCCUCAAGCUCAAAGGGUCGGACGGCAAUCCUGCCUCGCCCGCUGCCACGACUGCCGUACCACCACCACCGCCUCCUCCUUCGUCCUUCUCUGGCUCCACACGCCCGCCAUACCAAUCAUCGCCCUCCUCCUACUCCCAGACCAACACACCCAGCAAGCGGAAAGAGCCGCCUGCGUCGGCCCUCGCGUCGUCCGCCGCCAAACGCCAAAAGUCCGUCUCAUUCGCCGAGGGCGGCACCGCCAACAAGACGAACGGCGAGGCUGCACUCAAGAAAGCCAAGAAGGCCAAGAAGGCCAAAAAGAAGAAGGCCGCGCCCAAUCCGGCCAACAAGGAGCCGUCCAACCUCGACCGCGAACUCGAGUACCUGCAGCAGUGGAAGACGGCACGGGACGCGUGGAAGUUCAACAAGAACCACCAGACGCUGCUGAUCAAGUACGUUUUUGCGGGCGGCAGCAACAACGCGGGCAUUCCGACAUCGCACAUUGACAUCUUUUACGACUACAUCCGCUCGCUGCAAGGCGCCGUCCGGACACGGCUUCGCGACGAGGCGACCAGCAUUUGCAAGAUGGACGACGUGGCAGACAACACAAUAGAUGCGCCACGCACCAGCACUAGCACGUCAACAAAAGCGACAACGACAGCGGCGACAGGAGAGGCGACGCCGAAAAAGGCAAAGACGGAGGCCGAAGCGGCGGCCGAAGCCGAGUAUGCCAAGAUUGUGGCCGGCUUCCGGGACCAGGCCGCCAGUGGCGCCGUCAAUGGCAACGGCAAGCGGCUCCGGCGUCUCAGCGAGGUGGACUAUGUCCUUCGGUUUGCCGACCCGGUGCUGCAGAAGCGGCUGGUGCGGCGUAUUCGGGCUGAGAACGUUGCGAAUGAGCUGAGCAGUGAGGAGGACGGCGAGGCGGCGACCGCAGCAGCAGCAGCAGCAGCGUCAAUACCCAAGGCGGCGCAGUCUGGCUCUACCUCGGAUGUCCCGAGCGCCUCGUACCUGUCGUCGUCUUCAGCAACGACAUCCGGCGGCGACGACAAGCGUGUGAAGCUCAACGAUGGCUCGGCGCAGAAGCCGAAACGGAGCCGAAAGCAGCGCACGGCUGUUGACUCCAGCUCGGACGACUCGGACUCGGACUCAGACACGGACUCGGAUUCCGACUCGGGCGACGAUGGCGACGGUGCAAAGGUUGGAGGCGGCGCCGAUUCGCCGAGUGACACAUCCGACGACUCGUCCGACGAGAUGGUGCCUUUAUCCAUGGCGAAUGGUGCACAAACAUCAUCGUCUUCGUCAAGCAGCAGCUCACCGGCGUCUGCGUCUGAUUCUGACUCGGAUUCCGACUAG